AUGUCCCAGCCCACGCCAACAACAAACGGCACAGGCCAAGUCGACAAAUCCAAACGCAACCCCCGCGACUUCAAAGCCACAGAAAACAGCUGUCCAGACUGGCCCUCCACCGAAUUCAUCUGGAUUAAAAUCAAGAACCCCAACUGGAAAAUCGGCGAAGGCGCCGCCAACAAAAACGAUCCUUCCAAGACUACCCAGAUUUCCAUCGAUCCUCACGAACCAGGUCGCGACCCAGCUUUCAACUAUCGUCUCAUCACCUCUGCAGUAAUCCCCCGUCCGACGGCAGUUGUGAGUACCAUUUCAAAGGAUGGCCAGAGCACGAAUCUAGCGCCGUACUCGUUCUUUCAGGCUAUGAGCCAUGAUCCGCCGACGUUUGUGGUGGGACAUGCGAUUGGGUCUUCGGCGGCGAAGGAUAGUCUGGCAAAUUUGCGGGACACUGGGGAGUGUGUGAUUAAUGUUUUGACGGAGGAUAUCCUCGAAGCCGCGAAUGCGUGCGCGAUGGAUACGCCCUACGGCAUCUAUGAAUGGGCGUUGACGGGCUUGACGCCGGCUCCUUGUACGGAUGUCAAAGCGAGUCGGAUCCAGGAGGCUGUGUUUGCGGCAGAGUGUAAAUUGGUCGGGACGCAUGAGGUUGCAAGUCAAUCCAAGCCCGGGAAGACGUCGAAUGUCAUUACGAUCCUUGAGGGGACGAAGUUCUGGGUGAGAGAAGAUGUAGUGGAUGAUGAGAGGAAGUUCAUUGAUCCAGCUAAGUCGAAGCCGAUUGGGAGGCUUCAGGGGAUUUCGUAUGGACGGGUGACGAAUGCGUUCCAGAUUCCGUGGCCGAUUUGGGAAGAUGUUAAGCCGGGUGCUGAGGCUGAGGGGAGGGUUGUUCCGAAGGUGGAGGGUCAGUAG